AGAAGGCAAUCUGCCUGCACAGUUCUCUGUCAGUGGUUAGUAAUCUACAGCGUGGUUGUGGUAUGCUCUUUUCCGCUCGGUUGGUUUGGAAGGAUGAACUUUGAUGCUGAUAUUGCUGCGUCUUCGUGGCCAGCCACCUCCCUCUCGGGGCGCGCUGCACACACACGCAUGUUCUUCAUAUUCCCAAGAAGUGAGCGUCAGUAAAACCAUCGUGAACUUGGCUGCAACAUCCUCCUGCUUGUACCGUAAGCACGGAUUGUACCUCAGCUAGUGGGCACCGCUGCUGGGAGAAGCCCAGAGGCACUACACAUCAGUACUGUUGGGGACAAGAACAUUGGAAAUGACGGAGGGAAGAGCAGAGGAAGCUGCCUGCCUGAGGUGCCGCUGAGUCGUUCUUCUUCCUCUGUGUACCAGGAUAACAUCAUGCACUGUGUAGACAUGAAAGGGCCAAGGAGUACAUGAAGAUGACCCAGAAGACAACUAAAACAUGGUGCCUUAGGCUUCUCCCAGUUGUCCUCUUCUUCAUCUCCUUUGUCACAUACUACUGCUCUCACAGCUUCCUUCAGAGCUAUGGAGGCGCCAGCAAGUAUCUGAACAGUAGCAAGUCACUAUGCGGUGGCUGGGUAACUCAGAAGAAGUGGGAGAGCCUCAACUUUAACAUUAGCAGACAGACGCAGCUCUUCCUGAGACUGGAGGAUUUCUUCUGGCGAGAGCAUCUGUCCAAGCUGGCAUUACCUUAUGGCAUUAAGGGCAGUGAGCAACUGCUGCUGAAGGUUCUCGCCGUUAUUGCCAAUUACGAAGUGCCAGCCAACAUUGAAAAUCUUGACUGCAGAACCUGUGUUGUCAUAGGGAAUGGCUUUGCCAUUAAAAACAGCUCCUUGGGGAGCGUCAUCAACAAAUACGACGUCGUCAUUCGGCUAAACGACGCCCCAGUGAGGGGCUAUGAGGCGGACGUGGGCAACAAGACCACCAUGAGGCUCUUCUAUCCCGAGUCGGCCUCCUACAAUCCCAGCCUGCACAACGACCCCAGCACACUCAUGGUCCUGGUGCCUUUCAAACAGCAAGACCUACGGUGGCUUAAAGAGAUCCUCUAUGAUGAGAAGAGGGUAAGGAAAGGCUUUUGGAAGCCCCCACCCCAAAUCUGGCUUGGUGAUACCAGAAAAAUCAGAGUGCUGGACCCCCACUUUCUGCAUCAGACAGCAGACAGAUUGCUGCAGAUCCCUCUCUAUCCCAAGAGCAAACAGAAGCCGGUGCAUCCAACCACUGGUAUCCUAGCUGUGUUUGUGGCUCUCAACUACUGUGACGUGGUCCAUGUUGCUGGUUUCGGAUACCCCACCUCCAAAAACCAAAAGCAUCCUAUCCAUUACUAUGGAUAUGACACAAUGAGGUCUAUGAAGGAUUCAUACCACGACCUCAGUCACGAAGCUGAAGCCUUAAAAAGACUGGAAGAUUCAGGAGCCAUUUUUUAUCUGCACCCACAUACGUGACACACAUACACACACACAAACUUUACACCUGGUACUUAAAGUAAAUGUUAUUUAGAAGAUUGGAUUAUUUUCCAGGUGGGUUUACUCCAGGCCUAAUUUAAAGUCAACACUAAGUCUUUGAAUUGGUUUGGCUCAUCAGAUUCAAACCAGAUGUUAAUGUGCCUUGUGCUUCGGGGUGUGAGACAUUUUACUGGAUUAUCUGUAGUGACACAUGCCCAUUAAUGUGGACAAAAUCUAUUCUGACAGGCUCCAUAUGCCACCAUUUGGUCAUCUGAAUGACAUAUAAGUGGAGCUCCCAAAGGUUUAGCCUCUACCUCCUUGUCACCUCAUACUCUGUUAGAUCUGGAAGAAUUAGAUAUGUGUAAAUGAUCUAAAAGUUUUUCAUGGCUUUCCUUUGAUUGGUCAAGCCGAAUAACCUCUGUCAGUAUGACUCUGGAAUCUAAAUAACAUUUAUCUUUAAGAGAUUUGAAUCAUGACUCUCCAUGCUAACAAGCAGGAGAUUUUAUUCAUGUAAUGACUCAGUGCUACGCAGCGUCGCACAGUGGUGUAUUACUGAUACACAGCCUCCUCUGACAUUUCUUGGCGGCGUUGAUCUUUGGAUAACUCACAACCAUCAAUGUUGUUUGGGCCAUGUGAUAAUAUAGGAUUAUUUUUUACCACAAUUAUGUAAAUCAAGAAUUUUCAGAUCUAGAGCUGUAAGUGUGGGCUGAGUGGGCGGUGCAAGUUGUUUUGGGGUAGAAUUUACAUGCAUAUCGACAAGAUGUUGAAACCUGCAGCACUGUUUUUUAUGCAGCACUUUCAUUGGGGUUAGGGAUUCACUUUCAAUUUCAUGGAUUGAGGAACUUAAAUUUCCUCUAAAUUCAAUAUCUGUCAAUCUUUUGCCAUAAAGAA